AUGUCAGACCUUCAGAACCCCUCGUCCGCCCAAGCUGGUACCUCUGCCGAGACGCAACCCCGCCAACCUCUCUGGCUCCGAUGUGAAAAGAAACCAUUCGAGCAUCGUUCAGCGUUAACCCCGACAACCGCCAAGACGCUCAUCGACAACAAUUUUGAAAUCUUUGUGGAACGUGAUCCGCAGAGAAUCUUUGACGAUGAAGAGUUUGAAGCCGUCGGCUGCAAGAUGGUGCCCAACAAUGAAUGGCCCAGUGCGCCCCUAGAAGUCCCAAUCAUCGGUCUCAAAGAACUCCCCCUUUCAACUGACCCCCUUCCCCACACGCACAUUCAAUUCGCCCACUGCUACAAGCAUCAAGGUGGCUGGUCCGAUGUCCUGAGGCGUUUCGCGCAGGGUGGUGGUACAUUGUACGACCUCGAAUUCCUAGAAGACCCUCAGACCAAGCGCCGAGUCGCUGCGUUUGGAUUCCACGCCGGAUUCGCAGGUGCAGCUGCCGGUGCCCUCGCUUUCGCCGCACAACAACAAUCUGGAGGUCAAGGCAAGCUAGCUGGGUUGAAACCCUAUGCCAAUGAGGCCGCCAUGGUCAAACACGUUAGCGAGGGGUUGGCAGGGGUCGAAGGAGGCGUCGAAAACGUCAAGGUCCUGGUCAUUGGCGCCAAAGGCCGGUGUGGAAGCGGGGCCGUCGACCUGUUCCGAAAGAUCGGUAUCAAAGAGGACAACAUUGUCAAAUGGGAUAUCGAGGAGACGAGUCAAAAGAGUGGGCCCUAUCGAGAGAUCCUCGACGUGGACAUUUUCGUCAACUGCAUCUACCUCUCCCAACCCAUCCCCAAAUUCAUCACAUCCGAAUUCAUGGCAAAGGAAUCACGUCGUCUCGCGGUCGUCGUUGACGUCUCAUGCGACACGACCAACCCUCACAACCCCAUUCCCAUUUACGAUAUCAACACGACCUUCCCCGAGCCCACCGUCGAGGUCGACACCCAAGGCGUUGGUAAGCGCUGCACAGUCAUCUCGAUCGAUCAUCUGCCCACAUUGCUCCCCCGAGAAUCGUCCGAGCAGUUCUCGAAAGACCUCUUGCCGUCCUUGCUUCAAUUGCCAGAGCGUGCUAGUGCGCCUGUUUGGGUCAACGCGGAGAAGCUGUUCAGGCAGAAACUUGAAGAUGCGAGGAGGGAUGACGAGGAGAAGGGAGUCAAGGCAUAG